AUGGCCUUGGCAAAUUCCAGACCUUUGCAAAUAACAACCUUGGAGAACGAAAUUCUUCAUAACUCGAAUUCUCCGGUUUUCCAAUUGAGUUCGAUGGGAUUUACCACUCGAGCCGACACUAUAUCGAAUCCAGGUACGGAUCUUGUUGGUAACCAGCCGAGUAUGAAUUUCGAAGAUAAUAGUUUAUCUGGUUCUUCAUUUUCGUCCUCCUCUUCUCAAGAGACUAAGACUUCCAAGUCUAAAAAGGAUUCUGCUGUUCUUAAAAAAGACAAUCCGUUGUUGGAAAUUUCUAAAUUAAUACCUGUUACUGGCGAGAGGCCAAAACCCGAAAACAGGGACUCUCCUCUCGAUGACGACGUUCUUCACGCGGUAUUUGUAAUAUUAUGGGAAAUGGACCCUAACCAACAAGGUAUGACUGUUAAACAGCUGUGCGAUUUGCUUUUGCAGAAACAUCCGGAUAUGUCAAAUUUAUCAACCAAGUUAUCAAACUUGAUAUCAGCAAAACUGAAUGCUUAUGUCAAGAAAAUUGAAAAAGGAGAAAAGACGUUAAUUUAUGCUUUAUCAAGAGAAUGGUCAAAUUCUUCCCCUAGAAGAAUGCUAUAUAUAUACAGAGGGAUAUUAUCGCCUGAUUAUAAGGAGCACGCACAGGCUGUCACAAUGCAGCUCAAACAACAACUAGAAAAAUCGGGCGACUCAAGCGACUCGAGCUCAAAUGGCAAGAAAAAAAAGGAUCUUAACAGUAAUCAAUUAGCUAGCAACGAUAAUUAUUCAGGAUCGAUGACAGAUAUGAAAAACCUGUCUUCCAAUAGCUCCUUCUCAAAAAAUUUAAAUGUCGGAAAUUUGGCCUUUUCACUAAGUCCAGAAUUUAACAUUCCUUACUCUACGUCACCAGUAUCUUUAAAUCUAUCUCCAGCAAUAAGCAAUAGCCAGCAGCAAUUGCAAACACCAUUAGCGWCUACACCAGCACCUAAGAGUAAAAAAAGAAACAAUCUAGACGAGGGCGCUAAUGACUCAAUGACGGAAUCGAAAUCAAAGAAGAGCAAACCUUCAAAGGCAAACAAACAAACAAAAUCUCAGUCAUCGUCAGCUUUAUCUACACCAAAAAAGGUAUCAUCCUCUACAUCACUGUCUGCUUUUGCAGCUGCCAAGAACAUUUCGCCAGAAUCUGCCGUGACCCACAAUGCAUCAUCAAGUACUUAUGUCACUGCUGCUGCUGCUGCACCAAGACUAUCUAAACUAUUACCAAAAAAUGGAUUCAAGAAAAACUCGCGCAGUUCCUUAGAACUGGCUGCAAUUYAUAAAGUAAUCUCCACACAAACUCCAAUUGAAAGUUCUUCAGAGAGUUCUGUGUAUGACAGUAGUAGCAACUCACCGCUUAGUAUUACCACCGCAGGUUCUUCCACUGAAUCGUUGUCAGACUUCAGCUCCAGCCAUGAUAAUGAAACAGAAUCGAACCCGAGUUCUCAAGAACCACGAAACGAAGUUACGAAUUGGAUGAAGAUUGUAAGAAAUGGAUUCUUAACUCAUGAUAUCGAAUCUCCAGAAUCAAUCACAUUAGAUGACCUAGAAAAUAUAUUCAAUUGA